CCAAUGGUCAAGAUCAGCAACACAUGGAUACAAGGAUUUGUCUCUCAAGAGGGAGUGGCGAAUUAUCUCGGUUUGAAAUAUGCAUCUAUUCCAGCACGGUUUCGGACAGCGACGCUUCUGGAGGUUGACCGAUUGGGUGACUUUGUCGAUGCGUCUGCGUAUGGGCCAUGUUGUCCGCAGCCUGAGAACAAAAAUCAAGAAAGUCGCAGGCAUCUCUUUGCAGGGACAGUGUCUUGGCCGCCAGUGUCAAUGUCCGAGUUCGAAUGCCUGAAUCUCAACAUUUACACUCCGUCUGAGUCACUGCUUGAUCCAAGCGGUUGCCCCGUCGUCGUAUGGAUUCAUGGUGGUGGCUGGAUUUUUGGCGCUGGAGGCCCGGAGUAUGAUGGGAAUUACUUGAUCAAGCACUCUGUCAACAAGGGCAAGCCGUGUGUACUUGUGACCAUCAACUACAGACUUGGACGCUAUGGAUUCCUCGCUUCCGGCGAGCUACAAGCCGAGGCGGAGAGCAAUGCGGAAAACUACUAUCCGAAUCAAGGGCUUCACGAUCAGCAACUUGCUCUGCAAUGGGUCCAGAGAUAUGUUCAUCAUUUCGGCGGCAAUCCGUCCAAAGUCACUAUCGCUGGACAGUCAGCAGGAGGAUUUUCUGCUUUGACUCACCUUAUCACCGAUAUUCCUCUUUGCCGGGCUGGAUGGAUCAUGUCUAGUCCCCUGGAUCCGUUCAUCAGUGUGACCCAAGCACAACAAACCUUUGAUCGACUCGUUACGGGCACAGGACUGCGGCUAUCGUCUUCGAAUUCCGAGAAACUGACAAAACUGAGAAACCUUACGGAGCUCGAAAUGGAUGAGCUUGUGAGAGGAAAAAUGCUGAUCCGACCAGUCUGGGAUCCCAUCUGGUUUGCCUACCAGGAAGAGCAAAAGCCGGUGGAAUGGACCAGUGAUUUUCCGGAGUGGUUGCAAGGUCUCACGAUCGGUUGGGCAGCAGACGAGGUCAUCACGUUCCAGACACUUUGGGCCUCAUGGAGUGUACAAGAACUGCUUGCCACCGUCAACGUCAUGAUACCAGACCAGGAGAUGGAGCGAGAUGUGAUUCAAAUUUACGGAAUUGCCGGACCCCCAGAAAAAGCGUUAAGCGGCUUUGUAGAGUUUGCUUCCGAUUGUCUAUACACGAGGAUGCCACAGGCUCUGAGCCAAGCACAGUUCCCGAUCUCGAUUUACAGAUUCGAACAAAUCGACGACUUCAAUGGAAGUGUUUACCGUGGGAGUGCUUAUCAUUGCCUAGACAAUGCGUACUUGUUCCGGCUCCCAGCAAUAGCCGGUACUGAUGCCCCAGAAGCGAGGAGACUCACUACAGAUGCUGUUUCAGAUCGUUUCCUGGCCUUUGUCUACGGCACGCAAGCUUGGGAACCAUUCAAGACCGGCCAAAAAAUCAUGUACUUCAAUGGUGCAAACAGUGGCCUUGUCGAAUCGAAGGCGUUUGAGAAGCUAUCCCAACUCGUGUCUACUGAGGAAAGAGAAACUAUCCUCAUUGAUGCCGCAGAACGAAUGCUGGAGCACAUGAGA